GACGAAGACUGCAGACUUCAUGCUGCCUUCCCGUUCCGUGUAAAAUUACAGUUCUUUUUCAGCUUGUUCCUCUAAUUUGCAACUAAAACUGAAGUGCAGUUCAUGAGAAAGUUCAGCCGCUGAAGUGGACACGUGAACGCAUCACCAGCAGCGGUAGAAUCGCAGUCAGACCAGGGUCAAUCACAGGGAGAAAAUGGCUGGCCUGUGGAAAUCCUACCAGGCCUUAAUGACCAGAUAUCCCUGGACAGUGCAGAUAGUGACUGCAGGGUCUCUGGUGGGCGUCGGUGACGUCGUCGCUCAGCAGCUGAUCGAGAGACGAGGACUCUCUCAACACAACGUCCACAGAACGGCCAAGAUGAUGAGCAUCGGCUUCUUUUUCGUCGGUCCAGUCAUCGGCAGUUGGUACAAAGUUUUGGACAAAAUCGUCGUUGGAGGAACAAAAAGUGCAGCGAUGAAGAAAAUGCUGCUCGACCAGCUGUGUUUCGCUCCGUGUUUCCUCGGCGCGUUCCUCACUAUCUCCGGUGCCCUGAACGGACUCACGCUGGACAAGAACGUCGCCAAACUCAAGAGGGACUACACUGACGCUCUGAUCUCAAACUACUACUUGUGGCCUCCAGUGCAGAUCGCAAAUUUCUACUUCGUUCCACUUCACCACAGGUUGGCCGUGGUCCAGGUGGUCGCCGUCGCCUGGAACGCGUACCUGACCUGGAAAGCAAACAAGAUGUGAAGGACGAUCAUCGUGAACCUUUUCUGUUUCUGUUUGUGUUUGUGUUUCCGUUGUUUUCCAUGAUUUUACACUUGUGUUUUUGUGUGUUUAUGAGUGAAUGAGUGAGGGACAUGUGGAUGAACUCUCUUUCGCCAUAAACGUGUGACUGAGUCACGAGUGAAGAUCCACUCUGACAAAUUCACACUUGAAAGUCAAACGUUUUGUUCUUUUUGUCGGAGCAGACGCUGACAAACACUCACACAUGAAUUAACACCGACUCACUAAAAGGAAACUUGUUUUGUUUUUUUUUAUCCAUCACUUGAAGCAGAAAUAGUGUUAAUGGAUGAUUUAUUCAUUUUAACAGGACCAUAGUUUGUUUUCAUUUGAAUCUUUGAAGUUUGUUUUGUUUACAAAAGCCUCAGGAAAGUCAUGUUUGUUUCUUUGUCUGUUUUAGUUCCUGACUUUUAGUUCAUUUACACAAGAUCUGUGAUUAAAAAGCAACAAAUGUCCUCAACAAACAGAAAAAACACUGAUUUCUGAGUGAAAAAGAUGUUUGAUAUUGUGUUUAUGUCAAAUCCUCAUAAUUAUGAGAUUUUUCAUUCAAAUAAAGUGAAUUCUUUCACAACCACAAGACAAAAAAAAACACUUCAACAAACUCCCUGUGAAUAAUUUGACUAUAAAUUGUUGAUUAGUGAGUUGUGAUUGAAUUAUGAGCAAUGUUUUUGAAUUUGAAGGCUGUAAAUCACUGAGUCUGUAUUUAUAUCACACUUUUCACACAUAAAAUACGACACAAAGUCCCGCCCAGUCACACCUUUACCCACAAACAUAAUGUUUAAAUCCUUUACCUCAAUAUAAAUGUAACUAAUGUUAUAUUUAGGACAAGAAUUGAUCACAUGAUGACAAAGGAGCUCACCAGUCUGCAAAGAGGUCGAGUUAUGAACAAAUAAUACAUAAUAAAAAAGUAAUUUAAACCAAUUAAAUAAGACAAAAAAAUGCAAUCAAUAUACAAAAAGAGUCUUAAAUCAGCAGUGGAUAUUGUAGAUGGAAAACAUAAAUUUAUGCCGAGAACAAUCUGUUUUUUGAUUGUUAAUCAGUUUUUCUGAAACAUUAAAGCCAGUGCUCUAAUUUUUCAGCUUCUUAAAGGAAACGAAAACGAACAUUUUCUGGUUCCUUUGCUCCGUGUUGCAAAGAAAUCACUGAAAAUGAAUAAUUUUUUCAAGGUUUAGGAAACAUUUCCGAUAUUUUAUGGACCAAACAAUCAAUGAAUUGAGAAAAAGAGUCGUCAGUUGAAGCUUUAAAAUCCAGGGGAAGGUGUGAAGAAGAUUACACACUAUUAACACGACAUAAAAAUAUGACUUCUUUUUGUUUGUUUUUUAAAGGAUAAAAUAGACAUAAAUGUGGAUAAACAGAUUUUAAUUGUUUCAUUUGUUGUAUCUGUUUCUAAAAAGCUCGGAAGUGAAUGUGGUCAGGAGGUUGAUCUGGACCAGGUGUUCAUAUUAUUUUUAAUAUAGUAUAUUAUGUACAGUACUGUGUGAAAUGAACUCUAUAACCGCAGACCUUUUUAAAAGCAAAAUGUCUGUAUUUUUUUUUUAUGGGGAACAAUGUGUCACAUUCAAUCUUGAGCAGAAAUAGUAAAAAUAGAAACGUCUCAGUGAAUUCAAGUCUUUGCCCCCGUAAAAACCCAAACAAACAAACAAACCAUCCCUCUGUUUCUGUUAUAGAUGAGUCAGAGAGAAAACAAACACACGGAGCUUUUUAUGGCUGCGUCUGUCACUUAAUCAAUGACUUUCCUUCUAUUCCACAAAAUGUAGAAGGAAAAAUAUAAAUUGAUGUCCUCAAAUGUUGUCCUUUUUUUCUCCCCCAGAAACUAAAGCGCAAAGAAAGCAGAACAUAUUCACAUUUAAAGAAGUUGUGUGACUGUAAUAUG